AUGCGACAUUUGAAAGGUGUGCACCAUAUGGUCUUGCCAUCAACACCUCCACGCAAAGCACCACAAACUGUAACUGCUCCUGCUCCUGUUGAUCCAACUCUGCUGGCUGAAGACAUCGCCAGCAUCGGAAGCCACAGAUCUCCUUACUGCAGAGCGUGUAAAAAGGGUUUCGCAAGGAAUUACUCUUACACCAGACAUCUAUUUAAUGUUCACAAAGUGAAUUAUAGACUAAAGCAUCAAAAGCCAAAAGACCUCAUACCAGAUAUCGAUGAUUCCAACCCUUACAGCCGAGCUUGUGAUAGAACAUUGCCAUCCAAAAAGACCUACCGCUUUCAUUUGGGGGGUGAUGCACUCUAUUUUCAAAAAAGCGCCACGCAAGAAGAGCAAUAUCCAGCCAGAAAUUGA